GUGGGAUAUUACUCCGACAUUAUAUAAAUAGAGAGCAAAUCGUCGUUUUAUUCAUUUAUUUAUUUAUUUUCUUAAAUAGAAUGGUCUUCACAGAUAAAAUCACUUUGUAUACUUCUUUAAUCUGUCCCUUUGCACAACGCGCUGCUAUCACAUUGAGAGAAGUGGGAGCGAAUUUUGAGUCAAUUCAAAUUGAUUUGCUCAAUAAACCCACUUGGUAUAAGGACAUUAAUCCGGAACUUAAAGUCCCAACUAUUCAUACUGAAGGUCAAAACUUGGCUGAAUCUUUAGUUAUUAUUGAAUAUCUUCAUGACCGUUUUCCCGAGAAAAAGUUGUUACCCGAAGAACCUAUUAAACGGGCCAAUAUUCGCUUUGCUAUUGAAUAUUUCGGUUCUAAAGUUGCACCAACACUUUAUAAACUUAUUCCUAAUUACACUGAUGCAAAUGCAAUUGAAGAAUUUAAAAAGAAUACCAAUGAUGCUUUAAUUCGCUUUAAUGAAUUAUUAGUAAAAGAAUCAGCUUCUGGACCCUAUUUCCUUGGUGAACAGUUUUCAUUGGCCGAUAUUGCUAUUGCACCUUUCAUCAUGCGUAUUUUUGCUUUUAACAAAAGAUAUUUGAAUGGCUAUGAAUUCGAUGCAAUUAAAUCCAGCACCAGAUUAGCUGAGUUCUUUAAGGGCAUUACUUCUCGUCCUAGUGUUAAAGAAACUUAUAUUGGUGAUGAAGGAUACAUUGAAGGUUUACAAAAAAGAUAUAGCAAUCUCAACUAAAAAAAAAAAAAAAAAAAAAAAAAAAAAAAAAAAAAAAAAAAAA